AUGCGGGUUCUCAUCCACAAUACCAGCUACGCUUUCGGAAUCGGCAUUGGCUCCGCGGACGCCACGGUGACGAAAGAUCCAGAGCAUGAUCUUCAUUUCUUGGGGCUCUACCACGGCGGUCACAGCACAAAUGUCUGCGCCUAUGCAAGAAGAACUCACUCAUGCGGAGGUACUGGUGAUUGGCGCGCCUCUACGAAGCUGGCAGUGCUUCUGGACCUUGAAAAUGGAACCAUGCAGUGCUACCAAGACCUGCAGCCCUUUGGCAACAAGGUUACGAUCAAGCGCGACAAAUACUGGCCUAUGGUGGUCUUGUGGAAUGAAGUAGAUGAUGUGAGCAUUGCCGUAGAUUACUUGUAA